AAAGACACGCCUGCAGUGAUUAUUAUUGACAAUUACAAAGGUUGGAUUGACACUAAGCUUGUUAAUAUAUUCAAAGAGAACUCCGUUUUCUUUCAUUUCAUUGAACCACAUUCCUCAAGCUAUAUACAACCAAGUUUAGUCUGUUUAUAUGAAAAAAAAAUUGAACCCAAUUCAAAACAUGAGGACCUGAAGAAAAGAAAGCGGAAAGGUGUGAACGAUAAAACAAGUCUUCUAAGCAAUCCAGAGAAAAAAGAUGACCUUGAAAAGAUUCUGUGCACUUGGAGAAAACAAAUCAAAGGUCUGAACGAGAAGUACGUAAAGAAAGAGAGCACUGAAGAAGACAAGGAAGAUCGAGGAAAAAUUGUAUGGGAUACAAUUUACAAAACGUUUCAGGAAAUUCAGAGAAGGGCAACAACAGACAACAUCAUUUUGGCAUUCAAUAAAUGUGGGUUUUAUAACGUUGCAAGUGGGAAAGUGUUGAAGACGUAUGUUGAGGUUGAAAAAAACAAGGAAGUCUAUCAAGAAAUCCAAGGCAGUGAGUUGGAAGAGAUCUGUAAGAAUGUCAAACUACCAGAGCAACAUUGCGAAAGUAUUAGAGCAAGAGAACCAAAGAAAUCAACACUCAUGAAAUUGGAGGAAAUUAUUAUGAACACAAAUGGCGUGUCACCACAAUAA